UACCAAUUUCAAUACAAAUUUCCUAUUUUUUCUUGUUUUUGCUCAUACAAUUGCAAGUCUUCAAUAAUGUCUUCAACAUCCAAUAUUUAUUUUUCCGAAUUAGAAAGAUUGAAAACCUUUCGUGAAAAUGGGUGGCCUCACUCCUUUUUGAGUCCUGAAAUUAUGGCCAAGUGUGGAUUUUAUUAUACUGGUAUACGUGACCAAGUAAAAUGCCCAUUUUGUGAUAUUGUGAUCUUCUAUUGGGACGAUGCUGCAGAACCCAUUGACGAACAUAUCUUUGCAUCAAAAAACUGUCGAUUUGUGAAUGGAUACGACGUGGGGAAUAUCUUCAUAGGUAAUGAUCCAAGAGAAAUAUUUGAAUUGAGCCCAAAAGAGGAAGUGGAAACCAAGAAGAUAUUAUCGAAUAAUGAAAAGAAAAGGUUGAGAAAAAAGAAGAAGAAAAUGGAUGAACAAAGUAGUCGUCUAAAUGAAGUAACGGAUUUGAUGAUAAGACAAAUGUUUGAGGAUGAUAUUGAUAUUGAUAUCAUUGCAGAUUUAGUGCCGAAGGACUCUUGGCAUUAUGAAUAUAUAAGAGUUUACCAAAAGCUCAGUUUGACUUUUGAUAAAGAUGGUAGUAAAGAUUUAGAGAAUUCGAGAAACGACAAUGAAAUUGUAGAUCCAGCCAAGAAAAUGUUGGAGGGAAAAGAACCAGUCGAAAUGGAAUCGAAAGAAGACGAUGAAGAAAUUAAACCUGUCUAUUGGAAAAAAAGGGUUGCUCAACUCAGCAGAUUGAGAAAGCGAAAGAUCGAGACCAAUGAGAAUGCUACUCUUCCUACAAUUAUGCCUGAAAAGAAAACUAAAAGAAUUGACAAAGAAAUGAUGGAAUCUACUCAUAUGCAUGAUGUUACGGGCUCAUGUAAGGAAAGACAUGGAGUCGAAGUUGUCCUGGAUCCAAAUGAUUUGAAAAUGCUUGUAGCUGAUUUAAUAACUAAAUGCGAGAAAUUGGAACAAGCGAGUUCAUAAGAUUUAAGUGAUAUCGUUGCCGAAUACGUGGCCAGGUAGAAGAGGAAAAAAGUUCAAGACACUUCUAAUUCCAAUAAGAAAUACAAAUA